ACGCAUGGUUCCGUGUUACAAUUGCCAUAUGCGAAGGCAUUGAUCAGAGCUUAUCUUUUUUCACUUCACAGAUCCUGAGCUUCAUCCUUCUGCUAAUUACCCUUCCUACCAUAUUAAUCUGAACUACCUACCACCAUGAUUCGAAGAGCUCUAUGCUUCCCCAGUUUCAUCAGGAAAUCGCUGCUUAUUCCACCCGUUAUUUCUCCUUAUUCUAAUUCUUCUUCCAAGAUCGGAGCUUACAAUGGGUAUGCAUCUCAGACGUCUUCUCUUGAAGUUCCGGACUCAGCACCUUACAGGGAAAAUGAUGAGUAUGCUGAUGUGGACUGGGAUAACCUUGGAUUUGGACUAAUGCCAACUGAUUACAUGUAUGUAAACAAAUGUGGUGCGGGGCAGCAUUUUGGACAUGGACAACUCAAUCCUUAUGGCAACAUUCACCUUAGCCCAUCAGCUGCUGUCUUAAAUUAUGGCCAGGGAUUAUUCGAAGGCACGAAAGCAUACAGAAAAGAGAACGGGCAACUGCUUCUGUUCCGUCCAGAACAAAAUGCCAUUCGGAUGAAGAGUGGCGCACAAAGAAUGUGCAUGGAAGCCCCUUCCGUUGACCAAUUUGUCAACGCUUUGAAACAAACUGCUUUGGCUAAUAAGCGCUGGGUUCCUCCUCCGGGGAAAGGAUCGUUGUACCUUAGGCCUCUGCUUAUAGGAAGCGGUGCGGUUUUGGGUUUGGCUCCAGCACCUGAAUACACUUUCCUCAUAUAUGCUUCCCCUGUUCGCAACUAUUUCAAAGAGGGCUCUGCGCCACUCAACUUGUACGUAGAGGAGAAUUUUGAUCGUGCUUCUCGCCGCGGCACCGGCAGCGUUAAAACCAUUUCUAAUUAUGCCCCUGUAUUGAUGGCGCAACUUAGAGCCAAGAAGAAUGGAUUUUCGGAUGUGUUGUACCUGGACUCGGCCACCAAGAAGAAUCUAGAGGAGGUUUCUUCUUGUAACAUUUUUAUUGCCAAGGGAAGAUGCAUCUCAACACCUGGUACUAAUGGAACCAUUCUUGCUGGAAUCACGAGAAAAAGCGUAAUUGAACUUGCCCGUGAUCACGGCUAUGAGGUAGAAGAGCGUGCUGUAGCUGUGGAUGAAUUAAUGGAGGCUGAUGAGGUUUUCUGCACAGGAACUGCUGUUGGUGUUGCUCCAGUCGGAGCCAUCACAUACCAAAAUACAAGGAUGGAAUAUAAAACGGGUUCUGGAACUAUUUGUCAAGAGCUGUACAAUACCCUUUUGGGAAUUCAAACCGGCGUUAUUGAAGAUAAGAAGGGAUGGAUCAUUGAAAUUGACUGAAUUCUUUUUGCUUUAAUAAUUUACCAAUUUGUCAUUAAACAAAUCUAUUACUAUUGUGAUAAUCAUGAUGUUCACAAUCAAGAAGUGUGUAUUAUGUACAUUGUUAUAUACACAAUAUACUUGAGCUUCACAAUC